ACCAUAGUAUGAGGGACAACGAUGCAAGUAUCCCCCCAGACUUUACCAUAACAUAUAUUUGUAAUUUGGUAUGCAAAAUGUUUUUUUAUUCCUAAAUGUAACACUUUAAAACUUAUCCAAGAGCUUUUUUAAAUAUGUCUUAGUUGUAUUUUUUAAUAUUGCCCCCUUCCCAUACAUGAUAAUCACUUUUAACAUAAAAUGGCUAUAAUACAUGGUGUAUUGUUGAAAUUACAGUGUGAUUGUGUCAAUUGCAUUUGAUGCAUAGUUCAGAAUAGGCAUCUUAGUUUGAGUGUGUUUUAUUUUAACUGCUGUUACUAACCCCACAAUUCAAUAUUAGCGAGAGUUUUAAAAGUCUGAAGGUCCUAAACUUCACUUCUGUCUUCCUCUUUCUCUUUCUCUGCUCAUACUUCCAGUUUUAUAACUGUUGUUUCAAACCUGUAUUGUCUUGUUAAAUCUAAGUGUACCGUCCUUAUCAGUGUGUGUUUCUCGGAGUGUGUGUGUGUGUGUUCUCUGCUCACCAGCCACUGUCUCCUGCUGUAGAUUCCUCUAGCGGAGAUGGAAGCUCUGUCUCUGGGCUCGGAGAAAUCCUGGUCCCUAAAUCUGACCGACGACUCGGGCCCCGGAGACUCUAACCCGAUCUUUAUAUCCAGUCAGGAGUGCAAUGAGGAGCAGCUGGACCCCGAGCAGCCGCUGGAGGAAAACCGUCUGAGCGUCAGGAAGCCGGCGGUGGUCCGAACUCACUCCCUGCCCAACGACAGCUACAUGUUCGAAAACACGGCCCCCCUGGAUCAGAUUAUAGCACAGAACCAGGGGCCCGAGCACACAGGGGGCCCCCACAGGAACCAAUCAGGCUCCAGAGGCUCUCAGCCGGAGGACGUCUCCCAGCUGAGGGUCCCUGCAGACUUCUUCAGACCCAUCAGCCCCCACAGCCUCUCCGACUCGGAGUGCAUACCCCGCCUGCCCCCCCGACGCACACACACACUGAGCCGCACGCUGCGCAGACAGGUUGCUGUAUCGACCGACUCUCAGGAGGCUCUGUUUUCGGACGGAGGGGGAAGCGCUGAAGGACUUGUAAACUUAGCCCUCCCCCUUUCACCCUCCGCCUCCUUAUCUCCCCCACUUUUACCACCCAGGCCCGCCCCCUUCCCCCCCCAGGAGGAUCUGGAGGUGUCGCUCCUCACCCACAGGGGGACAGGAAGUGACAUCACUAUGGCACCAAACGACGGUGAUGUUUUCGUCAGAACGAGGCAGUUGAAGAGGUUUCACAGCAUGGACACGACGCAGGGCAGCAACGUGGCCCCGCCCCCUCGCCUCCCUCGACCCCCCCGCCCUUACUCCUGGCUCGACUCCCCCCCGGAGACCUGCUUUUCAUCGGAGGGGGAGUCAACAGACCCCAAUCGUAGCCCCUCCUCCUCAUCUGGCUUCGUUUUUUCGCAAAUCCACGCCUCGCCGCAUAGACGCAAGAAGAAGAUGAGCCCGCCGUGUAUCUCCGUGGAUCCGCCCUGCGACGAGUCUGGACUUUACCCCCCAGGAGUGGUUGUUGUGGGGGGAGGGUUAGGGUUACCCUCCCCCCUGCCCAGCCGGGACACCUGUCUGAGGAGGAGGGCGCCCUCUAGUGACUCCUUUGACCUCGGGGUGACGGGGGGCGAGGGGGGGUCUGUACAGCUACUGACACCCCCCAGGGAAGAAAAGCUCUGAGCACUGAUUCUGCAACACACACAGAAAGAGACACACACACACACACACGUGAUGCACACUGUGUGUCUUUGGUUCUAGUCCUAGUAAUAAUGCUGUAGAGCAGUGGUUCCCAACAAGGGGGUA